AUGCCAUCCCCAGCCGAAGCAAACGGCCAGCCAGGCGCAUCGGAACAUCUGCAGUGCGAUAGUCACAUCGCUUCAGUAUCCACUGCGCUGCAAUCUACAAAUGACCUCGAGACGCAGACCAACAAUGAUAUUCCGGCUUUGACAUCUGAAGAUGAAGUGCGAGGCGAGGACGUUCAUUCUGGCGGCACUACUGCCGAGGUCUCUCCGGAGGAUACCAUCGAAGAAAGCCCAGGAGUAGCAUUUCAGGGAUCUGGAGCUGCUGCAAGCGAUGCGAAUCACAGAGAUGUCGAGGGCGCAACAGUUGACACAGCAUCAUGCUCCAUGCCAAAGCUGGACAGUGCUUCCGCCGACAAAUCAUCCCAAGAGAAUCUCUCACCAAAACGAGCCGACCAUGACAAUCAUGUUUCCAUGUCCAAAAAUCUUGGUCUCCCAGCUCGUCUCUCCCUUGCGUUGUCGUCUUCGAGAUAUUCAGGCUCGCCGUAUUCCGUCAACGAAUGUCAACUUCCGGCCCCAGGAUUACGCAUACAAGGGAUGUCCGCUCCAAUUUCCUUUCCCCUUACACCAUCACAAGCGGAGGAGAUCUCAGGUUUGGCGAUACCUUGCUCCCAAAAUAUUGGGGCGAAGUCGGCAAACAGUUCCCAGGCAGCGGAUUCUUUUCAACUGGAGCCGGAAAAGCUUACCUUUGAAAACCCAGAAUGGAUUGUCGAGUUGAAAGGGUUUUUUGAUCAGAUAUGCAACGAUCUCGGAGUGCUUCGGAAGGAUGUACAGUUCGACCUCAGUACAUUGCUGCUGCACAGGCCUGGUGGUCAAUUCAAGCUAGAGGCCGGCCCGAAAACUAGUGAAGACGUUUUUGCAGUUUGUUCAUUGCAACUGCCAUCACAGUUCAAAGGAGGGAAACUCAGAUUCUCUCACAAUGACCGCGAGGAAGCUUUCACCAUGGGUUCAAGCGAUGGUAGCAAUUCCUUCAAGUGUUACUAUAGCGCAUUCUACGUCGAUGUAGACCAUAAAGUCUUUCCGAUUGAGGAGGGAAAUCGUAUGACACUUGUCUACAAUCUUUCAUGGGUCGGAGCUGGGACUGUGCCCUCGGCAAAAGCGGAAGCGCUUGCAGAGGUCAGACAAGCUCUUAGAGAACACACAGAGGACAGUCCUGCAGGAGACUGGUAUAUCUCUUUUAUGUUGGAGCACGAGUAUGGUGCGGCACUGCUCGCAGAACAGGGGACCAGGGCACUUCAAGGGAAAGACUUGCAAAAGGUCGGGGCUUUAGCAGAGGCUGCCGAAUCUUUGGGAAUUGGAGAGUUGGACUUUGUCAUCUGCCACUUACGGAAAGCCAUUGGUGGCCGUAUGUAUAGGCCCUCGCUUGAAUGUAUAAGUCCAGUAGGAGUUUGGAUGUCCACACAUCGCCUCAUACCAUCCGAAAAUGAGGGUGUUACAGACACAACAUUUUCAGGAUCUCUAGAUUGGGUCAACUGGGAAUUCGUGAGCUUUUCAGAUCCGAUACAAAAGCGUCUAAGUUUGCCCUUUAAUUUGAAGUCCACAUCUCGUGCCAUGGCAGUUGUGGUGUGGGCUUCCUCUAUGAGGACUGAAGCCUUAUUUAGAGGACGUUCCUACGAUGUAUCAGCCUUCCUUGAGUCCGGUGGGCCAGAAGAAGCAAGCCUGGGCCGUGUGGAGCGUAUACUGAAAUGCCUCCGACGAGGAUAUGAGUGGGAAGAGGCUUGGUCACGAACGAAAGCAGUGUUGGCGUUCUGCUAUGCACGAGGCUUUCAUGAACAGGCUUCACAAGCAAUCAGAUUCGCAACGCAGCUCAAGUCCCUCAAAGGUAUGGAAACAGUUCUGUUUCGGUACAUUUCGAGAUAUGGGUGGAACGCAGUCGGCGAAGCAGUUACAUAUCAUAUAUGCCAUUCCAGUGAAGAUAUAGGCGUUCACAAGAUACAGCCUUUGUGGACCGCAUUUCAGCUGCUGCCUUGGAUGCCUGUUGAAUCAGCUUUAGAUGCGUUAGCAUCCUACUUGAACAUUAUCGAGCUUCAUCAACAAACUUAUUCUGAGACAUGUCCAGAGGAAUGUGCCUCUGAUAGUUGUGAUUUGAGUCGAUCUGACAGCCAGAAGGUAUGGGCUACAUUGCUGAGUAUUGUAGCUCAUCUGGAGAAGGAAUGCAAUGAUCGUGGUGGGGCAACUAAGGCUGCUCUUGAAAGCAUUGUCACCCGUAUUACAUCUCUUUUCAACGAAAUGAAAGAUGUGAGCACAGAAGCGAUGAGCCGGGUACUAUCCCAACGAGUAGUUACGGCCCCUUCCAAAAUACUCGACCAAUUUCAUUCAGUCAUUCAGAGGAGAAAUAUCGCGCUUCGGAGGGCUCGUUUUGAGUCGGACUCACGGCAUGUUAUUUCGAACAGAACAGCAGGUAGCUACUAUGAUCAGGGAGGAGUUCGGCUCCGAGACAUUCGUGAAUUAGUGUGCGAUUACCGCACGCAACAACAGAUAACUGAGGGCUGGUCGCAUUUCUUAUGCUUAUGUGCUGAGGCUUUGUCUGGAGAUGACGUGCCUCCGUCGCUCAAUGAAGUCUUCGACGAUUUACUAAAUAGUCUUGAGUCUCUGUCCAGAAAGGAAAUUGACGGGCUAACGACUGCAGCUGCCAACUUAGGAACCAAUGAAGCAGAGGAGCGCAUAUUUUCUGUUGUGGAAAAGAAGGCCUUGCUCGCUCGAGAAAAAGUUUACGAAAGAGAGACGGAAGGUUCUGAGACAUCUGAAGCGUCAACAGCACAGAGCGAUCCCGGAUGA